GCCGCGCUGAUUCCCCCGAUGGUAACGCUUUUCCUACUCUCUUGAUAUCAAGGAGCCUCGUUUGUGCUGAGACCUUCCUCCUACAGCGAUCAUUAUUUGGAAACAGCAAGAAACCCUCGUCGACACCACCUCGAACCCCGCCCAUAUCCUCUCCCGACAAGGACAAGGACAAAGAGAAGCGCACCAGCUACUUUGGAAAAGAGAAGGAUAAGGAUAGGGACAAGCUCAAGCGCUCCAGCAAGUCGUUCCCUUCGCGGAGUGGCAACAGGCGAGGCUCGGACGAGCACCCGCUGAACUUGCCGCCCGACGAGUUGCGGCGCCUCAGCGCUCUCUCUGCCCGGAAGAUGAGUAGCACCAACAGUCCGCGACACUCGCGGGAGGGAGGAGUGCCCGUGCCUCCUGACGCAAUGGAGACGACGCCUGCCCCAGAGACCCCAGGUUCUUUUCCAACAACCAAUGGCACGAACGGGAUCAGUGAGAGUGCCGAAGAAGGCGAGCAUCCUGCGCCCGCUCCACCACCACAUAAAUCACAGCCAACUUCGCCCCCGCCGCCUGAGACACGUCCUGAAGAUGCGGAGAAAUUCAAGGCCGAGGGCAACAAGUACUACAAGGUGGGCAAGUAUGCGGCGGCAAUCGAUGAGUAUGGCAAAGCCAUUGAAGCCAAUCCGACAUCGUCUACCUAUCUGUCCAAUCGAGCGGCAGCGUACAUGGCAGCAGGAAAGUACAUAGAGGCAUUGGAAGAUUGCAAGCGAGCAGAUGAAUUGGACCCGGGAAAUGCCAAGAUCCUUCAUCGCCAGGCCAAGAUCUACACUGCUCUCGGACAACCGCAAGAAGCGCUCGAUGUAUACGAUCGGAUACAGCCUCCCGCCACUGCAAAGGAUAAGCAGCCAGCUUUGGACAUGCAGAAGCAUCUCUCGGGGGCGCAGGACAGUCUGAAGAACAGCUCUAGUGGAUCAAUGGUGCUAUUUGCACUUGAUCAAGCCGAGAAAGGACUUGCUUCGACAGUACAACCGCCCAGGAAGUGGAGACUGAUGCGAGGAGAGGCGUACCUGAAGAUGAGCACAAUAAACAGCCUGGGAGAUGCGCAGAAUGUUGCAAUGUCAUUGCUCAGGCAAAACAGCGCUGAUCCAGAGGCGCUGGUGCUGCGAGGGCGUGCGCUGUAUGGACAAGGAGAAAACGAAAAGGCAAUACAGCAUUUCCGGCAGGCCAUCUCAUGCGACCCAGACUUCAAGGAUGCCGUGAAGUGGCUCCGAUUAGUGCAAAAGCUGGACAAAACCAAGGCUGAGGGCAACGACCACUUCAAGUAUGGACGAUAUCCUCAAGCCGUAGAGGUGUACACGUCCGCGCUGGAAAUCGAUCCAACAAACAAGGGCACCAAUUCGAAGCUUCUCAACAAUCGAGCCAUGUGCUAUACGAAACUGAAGAAAUGGCAAGAUGCCAUCAACGAUUGCGACGCCGCCCUGAAGCUCGACCCCAGCUACGUCAAAGCCUCCAAGACACGAGCGAAAGCUCUCGGUGCCAGUGGCGACUGGGAAGAAGCCGUUCGAGCAUUCAAGAGCAUCGCCGAACAGAACCCCGAAGAACCUGGGAUCGCAAAGGAAGUGCGUGACGCAGAACUCGAACUGAAGAAGAGCAAGCGGAAAGACUACUACAAGAUUCUCGGCGUCGAUAAGGAGUGCGGAGACACAGAAAUCAAAAAGGCAUAUCGAAAACUUGCAGUGAUACAUCACCCAGACAAGAAUCCAGAUGACCCUGAGGCUGAGAAUCGUUUCAAGGAGAUUCAAGAGGCGCAUGAGACGCUGAUUGAUCCGCAGAAGAGACAGAGGUACGAUAGCGGAGUGGAUCUGAUGGAAGAUGGAGGUAUGGGUGGAGGUGGGUUCCCUGGUGGGAUGGGCGGCAUGGGCGGCAUGGGAG